GGGAAAGAAAGAGCGCAGGAGCAGGUUAACCGAUUCUGCAAAAAUUUCCUUCGGAACGUGGGGACUAAUGAAAAUUCGGAGCUAUAGUCGAGGAUAAUAUUUCUUCUUUUGGGAGAAACAAACAUGCUGAAUUGUGGCUGCACUGCUGUGAAAUAUGUGCUCUGGAUUGUCAACUUCCUAAUUUUUAUUGCUGGAUUGGCUGUGCUUGCACUUGGUAUAUGGAUAUAUUCUGACCUUUCUUCAUUUUUAUACACUGUGAGGAAUCUGCCAGUGGAAAACUACCAACUUGAAGUAUGGACACAGUCUCAGGUGUUGAAAGAAGCAAUGUAUGUAUUGAUGGCACUGGGGGGAUUUUUGCUGAUCCUGGGAUUUCUGGGUUGCUGUGGAGCUUCCAGAGAAAACAGGUGCUUCUUGCUUAUGUAUGGGAUUGUGGUGCUGCUGUUGUCUUUGACAUUGGCAAGUUUGAUAGGAGUCUUCUUUGGAAUGAAGGACAAGCUGGUGACUGAAGGCAGGACUGCCAUGGACAAAGCUUUGUUGGAGGACUAUCGCUACAAUCAGAAGACGAAUGACACCAACAUUGCCACUAAUGUUCUGAACCUGCUCAUGGCAAAACUUGGAUGUUGUGGAGUGAAUGAUUACACUGACUUUAAGAGAAAAGUUAAAGACUGGCCAAGUGAACUGGAGAUUCCACCUGCCUGCUGCAAGCUGAAGGACUCCAAGGAUAAUUCAUAUGACCCAGUGGAUUCAAAUUGUUUGAGGGAUCCCAGAGACAGUAAUGCAAACAUUAAUCAGGGAUGCUUUGACAAGCUGAUCACCAUUGUCAAUGACAACUUGCUCAUUGUCCUUGGAGCAAUGGUGGGACUGAUUGUUGUCCUGUUUGUGGCUGCAGACCCAGUGGAUUCAAAUUGUUUGAGGGAUCCCAGAGACAGUAAUGCAAACAUUAAUCAGGGAUGCUUUGACAAGCUGAUCACCAUUGUCAAUGACAACUUGCUCAUUGUCCUUGGAGCAAUGGUGGGACUGAUUGUUGUCCUGUUUGUGGCUGCAGUGUUCUCCUUUGCUUUAUUCAGAGCUCUUGAAAGGCAGGCUUCUGGAAAGUUUAUCUGA